GCAAGUAGUUUGAACGUGGAUUCUAUGCUCUGCUUACCAGAAUUGUACUUCAAGCCUACUACCCCCCAACAACUAAUUGAAUAUUUGGAAAUAGUUGGCAAGGCAGCGCCAAAGACACCGUUACUGUACUACCAUAUUCCUAUGUUAACUAAUGUUAACAUACACAUGGGACAAUUCCUUGAAUCGAUUGGUGAUAAAAUACCCUCGUUCGUGGGUAUAAAAUUUACUAGCGCCAACUUAGAGGAAGGAGCACAAGCACUACGUGCUGAUAAUGAGAAAUAUGUUAUUUUCCUUGGCAAUGAUCAGUUAAUAAACGCCGCGUCUGCAUUAGGGAUGGAUUCAUUCAUAGUAACCGGUAUAAACAUGUUUCCGGAAUUUAUAUUGAAUCUUCUUGCUGUUUGCAAGAACGGAGAUAUAUUAAAAGCUAAAGAUAUGCAAGAGAAGCUUUCAAGUGCUGUAGUUGCUAUAACAAAACAUGGUAAUUGGGUGCAAACUAUGAAAGUAGCAAUGGCUCUUCUUACUGACAUUGAUGUAGGACUACCUCGUGCACCCCUUAAAUCUAUUUCUUCGGAAGCUGUAGCAAUUAUGACAAAGGAUUUAACAAACUUAGGAUAUCAGCCAAAAGUUAAACACUCUUGAGAAUAUUUUUCUUUUUUAGUUUAUCACAUUUUUGUGAUAUAUAUUAUACUAUCUCAUUUUAGAUUUUUCAAUAAAUUGUUACUAAUUACUUACAUAUAAAGCACAAAACAUAAAUGAUAUAUGUAUAUAAAAAUCAAAAAAUUUCUCAAUAAAAAAAUUUCUCAUUGA